AUGCCUUCCGCCGCGCCUGUCAACGGGUCUGCCCCCAACCAGGCUGGCACCUCUGCCAACGAGGGCCAGUCUGCCAACGACAACAUCCGUCGUUUCGAAGCUCCCAGCCGCGCGCUGACCCCUCCGCCCUCGCACACGCUCUUCCACCCCAAGACACGAUGCUUCGUCUACGGACUCCAGCCCCGUGCCGUCCAGGGCAUGCUCGACUUCGACUUCAUCUGCAAGCGCAAGCAGCCCUCCGUCGCCGGUAUCAUCUACACAUUCGGCGGCCAGUUCGUCAGCAAAAUGUACUGGGGAACCAGCGAAACCUUGCUGCCCGUCUACCAGUCCGUAGAGAAGGCCAUGGCCAAGCACAGCGACGUCGACACCGUCGUCAACUUCGCCUCGUCCCGCUCCGUCUACCAGUCCACCAUGGAGCUGCUCGAAUUCACCCAGAUCAAGUCGAUUGCCAUCAUCGCCGAGGGUGUCCCCGAGCGCCGUGCUCGUGAGAUCCUGCACGUUGCCCAGAAGAAGGGCGUCACCAUCAUUGGUCCUGCCACCGUCGGUGGCAUCAAGCCCGGCGCGUUCAAGAUCGGCAACACGGGUGGUAUGAUGGACAACAUUGUUGCCUCCAAGCUCUACCGCCCUGGCUCCGUCUCCUACGUCUCCAAGUCGGGAGGUAUGUCCAACGAGCUGAACAACAUCAUCGCCAACACCACAGACGGUGUCCUCGAGGGUGUUGCCAUUGGUGGUGACAGGUACCCCGGCACCACCUUCAUCGACCACGCUCUGCGAUACCAGGCCGACCCCGACUGCAAGAUCAUCGUCAUCCUCGGUGAAGUCGGUGGUGUUGAGGAGUACCGCGUCAUCGACGCCGUCAAGUCUGGCCAGAUCACCAAGCCCAUCGUUGCUUGGGCUAUUGGUACCGUUGCCGGUUUGCUGAAGACUGAGGUCCAGUUCGGUCACGCUGGCUCCUUCGCCAACUCUCAGCUCGAGACGGCGACAAGCAAGAACAAGUCGAUGCGCGACGCCGGCAUCUACGUGCCCGAGACCUUCGAGGAGAUGCCCACCACGCUCGCUCAGGUCUACCAGAAGCUCGUCAAGGAGGGCACCAUCAAGCCCAAGCCCGAGCCCGUCGUGCCCAAGAUCCCCAUUGACUACUCGUGGGCGCAGGAGCUUGGUCUCAUCCGCAAGCCCGCCGCCUUCAUCUCCACCAUCUCCGACGACCGUGGCCAGGAGCUGCUGUACGCGGGUAUGCCUAUCUCCGACGUCUUCAGGGAGGAGAUUGGCAUCGGUGGUGUCAUGUCUCUCCUGUGGUUCCGUCGCCGUCUGCCCAACUACGCCAGCCGUUUCCUCGAGAUGGUGCUCAUGCUGACGGCCGACCACGGCCCCGCCGUGUCUGGUGCCAUGAACACCAUCAUCACCACCCGUGCUGGCAAGGACCUCAUCUCCGCGCUUGUCUCUGGUCUCCUGACCAUUGGUUCGCGAUUCGGCGGUGCUCUUGAUGGCGCCGCUGAGGAGUUCAGCAAGGCUUUCGACAAGGGUCUCAGCCCCCGUGACUUUGUCGACACCAUGAGGAAGGAGAACAAGCUGAUCCCCGGUAUCGGCCACAGGAUCAAGUCCCGCAACAACCCCGAUCUCCGUGUCGAGCUUGUCAAGGAGUACGUCAAGAAGAACUUCCCCAGCACAAAGCUGCUCGACUACGCCCUCGCUGUCGAGAGCGUGACAACGUCCAAGAAGGACAACCUCAUCCUCAACGUCGACGGCUGCAUUGCUGUCUGCUUCGUCGACCUGGUCCGCAACGGUGGUGCUUUCACCAACGAGGAGGCCGAAGACUACCUGAAGAUGGGUGUCCUCAACGGUCUGUUCGUGCUAGGUCGCUCGAUUGGUCUGAUUGCCCAUUUCCUCGACCAGAAGAGGCUGAGGACAGGUCUCUACAGGCAUCCUUGGGACGACAUCACGUACCUUCUGCCUUCCCUGCAGCAGGGCGGCGCACCCGGUGCCGAGGGCCGUGUCGAGGUCAGCUUGUAG